AUGGGUGUGCAACAGAACGGAGCUGAUCAACGCCAGCCGCCAGAUGAAACCCCCGUCCUUAUCGUUGGUGCUGGCCCAGCAGGCCUCAUAGCAGCUCUUCAGCUUUCUAAGAAUGGGCAACGGUGCGUGCUGAUUGAGCGAAACCUCGACACGACAAAAUGGCCGAAGAUGGACAUCACCAACUGCCGGAGCAUGGAGUUGCUCAAGCGAUUAGAUGUGGACAGAGGUCUUCGAGAAGUCGGUGUCUCGCAAGAAUACUCUUUUGAUGUCAACAUCAGCACGGGACUUUCAGAAGGCGGUCAGCUAAUUGCAAAAUGGCCGUCACAGGGCCUGCCCUCGCCCGAUGCGUGGCGCAAGCGCAUACGAACAAACAACGACGGUAGCAACCCCCGCGAGCCUUAUCAACGCUGUUCGCAGGCUAUCUUUGAGGCGUGGUUGAAACCACAGCUCCAGUCGAAUCCCCUCGUGGAUGCGUAUUUCGGCUGGAAGCUUGAGUCUUUGACCGAGGAGAGUUCUCAUGUCGAUUCAACACUUGUAGACACCGCAGGCAACCGCCACAGCAUUCGAUCUCGGUAUGUGAUCGGCUGCGAUGGAGCCGGCAGCAAAGUGCGGUCUGCGGUUGGAAUCGCUCUGAAGGGCGGACCGGUUCCGGGCGCAAUGCAUCUCAUACAUUUCAAGUCAAGAGACCUAAGUCGAUUGCACAAACAAGGUCAAUUCUGGCACAUCUUUUUUACCAGCGGCUCCGUCAUCAUCUCACAGGACGAAAUCGAUACGUGGACGGUGCAUACACCAAUUCCUGUCGGGGCAGAUGUUUCGGACGUCGACCCCAAACAGGCCAUCUACCGCGCACUCGGUGGCGAUUGUGCACCAUACGAGAUUGAGAUCGACGAGGUUCUAGUCACGAGCACGUGGCGGCCGAACAUCUACCUCGCCGACAAGUAUAUGUCUCAAGGGAAGCGGAUCUUUCUGUCGGGAGACGCUGCACAUCAGAACAUACCAACAGGAGGAUACGGCAUGAACACUGCUGUGGGUGACAGCUUCGACAUCGGCUGGAAGAUCGCCGCUGUACUCGCAGGCCACGGAGGACCGCAUCUGCUUGACUCCUACGAGGCUGAACGGCGGCCAGUUGCAGCACGUAACCUGGAGCGUUCUGGCGUCCAUCAUACAGUCCAUGCUACGUACCAGCAGUGGUGCCUAAGAGCACCUAGCGCUUCCACCUCUCAGAAUGAAGAAGGUAGAAGUCUCCGUGAUCGUAUCGCAGCGCAUGUCGCACAAAAUGAUGGCGAAAACACCGACCACGGCAUCGAGCUCGGCUAUAGAUACAACGGCUCCGGUGUUAUAGUCACUGAUGAUGCGUCACAGGAGCCUGCUUGGACGCCCAAAGAAUACGUCCCUUCCACCUGGCCGGGAGCGCGUGCCCCCCAUGUUUACCUGAGCGACGGUAAGACCAGCAUCUUCGACAAAUUCGGCACUGGCCCUGCUUUCACGUUGGUGGACUUUAGCGCGGACGGCAAGUACGCACAGUCGUUCGAACGAGCCGCUAGGAGUGCACGUGUGCCUCUCGAGGUUGUCCGACUGCUGAUGAGGCGCAUGCGCGGCAGGUAUGGGAACGCGAUGCCGUGCUCGUACGACCGGAUGAUCACGUGGCCUGGCGCGCACCCUCAGAUGGUUCGCCCUGGACCGCUGAGCAUGUGCUAG